GGAGGGAGAUCAGUUGUCAUAGUUGUUAGGCGUUCCACUCAAAGGUGUUUAUUUUUAGCCCACAGCCAUGAUCUCCCCUUUAUCUGGACCUGUGCAAUUGUGGCAGAGUGAGAGAUUGCUUUACACUAGUAAACCAAACUAUACAGCACACAUUACAAAAGAAGGACCUUAUCAAUGGGAAAUUACAAAUCAAGACCAUCUCAGACUUGUACAGAUGAGUGGAAGAAGAAGGUGGGCGAGUCGUACUCUGUGAUCAUCGACAAGUUGGAAGACGACCUCCAGCUCAAAGACAGUGAGCUGGUGGAGCUCAAACUUGCUUUCAGCUCUGAUGAGGCUUUUCAGAAGGUGAACUUGAGCUACCGAACAGAGAAGGGGCUGUCGCUGCUGCAUCUCUGCUGCGUGUGUGGAGCAGGUAACAAGGCCCAUAUCCGCACCCUGAUGCUCAGAGGCCUGCGUCCUUCCAGACUGUCCAGGAAUGGAUUCACUGCGCUCCACCUGGCUGCUUACAAGGACAACGCUGAGCUGCUGACUGCACUUCUCCACGGAGGGUCGGACGUGCAGCAGGUGGGCAGCGGUGCCCUCACUGCCCUGCACGUGGCCACGCUGGCUGGGCACCACGAGGCAGCAGAUAUACUCCUGCAGCAUGGAGCUUAUGUGAAUGUUCAGGAUGCUGUGUUUUUCACCCCGCUGCAUAUUGCAUCUUAUAACGGCCACGAGCAGGUGGCAAAGCUGCUGCUGAAGUUUGGGGCAGAUGUGAAUGCGAGCGGUGAGGUCGGCGACCGGCCGCUGCACCUGGCUGCGGCCAAGGGUUUCCUCGGCAUCACCAAACUGCUGAUGGCGGCGGAAGGGAGCAAAGCUAAUGUAAAUGCCCAGGACAAUGAAGACCACGCUCCUCUCCACUUCUGUGCCCGCUUCGGUCACCAUGAGAUUGUGCGCUUCCUCCUGCAGGGCAACUUUGAUGUACAGCCUCACUCUGUCAACAUCUACGGGGACACGCCAUUACACUUGGCCUGCUAUAACGGCAAAUUUGAGGCAGGGAAGGAGAUUAUACAGUUUUCUGGCACCGAAAGUCUGUCGAAGGAGAACAUAUUCAGCGAGACAGCACUUCACAGUGCAUGCACCUAUGGUAAAGACCUGGAGAUGGUCAAGUUCUUGUUGAGCCAGAAUGCUAUGAGCAUCAACCAUCAGGGCAGAGAUGGACACACAGCUCUACACAGUGCCUGUUUUCACGGCCACAUCCGCCUGGUGCAGUUCUUGCUGGACAGCGGGGCAGACAUGAACCUGGUUGCCUGCGACCCCAGUAGGUCCAGUGGGGAGAAGGACGAGCAGACCUGCCUGAUGUGGGCGUAUGAAAAAGGCCACGAUUCCAUUGUCACCUUACUGAAACACUACAAACGUCCAGAUGACUCCCCCUGCAAUGAGUACUCCCAGCCAGGAGGGGAUGGGUCCUACGUUUCUGUCCCAUCUCCUCUGGGAAAGAUCAAAAGCAUGACUAAAGAGAAAGCAGAAGUUCUCCUGCUCAGGGCCAGCCUCCCAUCUCACUUCCACCUUCAGCUGUCUGAGCUGGAGUUUAAUGAAAUUAUCGGAUCAGGCUCCUUUGGAAGAGUGUACAGAGGCAAAUGCCGAAACAAAAUUGUUGCCAUAAAACGCUAUCGAGCCAACACGUACUGCUCAAAGUCAGACGUGGACAUGUUCUGCAGGGAGGUCUCCAUCCUCUGUCGCCUCAACCACCCCUGUAUCAUCCAGUUUGUGGGGGCGUGUCUGAACGAUCCCAGCCAGUUUGCCAUCGUAACCCAGUAUGUCUCUGGAGGCUCUCUGUUCUCUCUGCUGCACGAGCAGAAGAGGCUUAUCGACCUGCAGUCCAAGCUCAUCAUUGCCAUCGACGUGGCCAAGGGCAUGGAGUACCUGCACAACCUCACCCAGCCUAUCAUCCACAGGGACCUCAACAGCCACAAUAUUCUGCUGUAUGAGGAUGGGCAUGCGGUGGUGGCUGAUUUUGGAGAAUCGAGGUUUCUACAGUCUGUGGAUGAGGAUAACAUGACUAAGCAGCCGGGGAACUUGCGUUGGAUGGCUCCUGAGGUGUUCACCCAGUGUACUCGCUACUCAGUGAAGGCAGACAUGUUCAGCUACGCCCUCUGUCUGUGGGAGCUGCUUACUGGAGAAAUUCCCUUCGCUCACUUGAAACCUGCUGCAGCAGCAGCAGACAUGGCCUACCAUCACACCCGGCCUCCUAUUGGCUACUCCAUCCCCAAACCCAUCUCUGCACUUCUGAUAAGAGGCUGGUACGCCUGCCCAGAGGACAGGCCCGAGUUCUCUGAAGUGGUUUCCAACCUGGAGGAAUGCUUGUGCAAUGUUGAGCUGAUGUCUCCAGCCUCCAGUAACAGUAGCGGCUCCCUGUCGCCCUCCUCCUCCACUGACUGUCUGCUUGGGCGAGGAGGACCUGGCCGGAGCCACGUGGCCGCCCUGCGCUCCCGUUUUGAGCUCGAGUACGCUCUCAACACUCGUGCCUACGCCUUCUGGACUCAGAGCGAGCGGCGGCGUGCAUCUGGAGGCCUUUCACUGGAGGAACUCAGAAGGAACAUGCAGUUUUCUCCCAUUGAUCGAAAUGGGUACGUGUCUGAUCCCAUGAGCACCGUGAGAUUCUGCUCUUCUUUCAGCAGCAGUGGCAGCUUCGAGGACAGUAACUAAACCCGCUUGGUGGUCCUAGCCCUGUUUAUUAUUACCUUAUUAAUUCAGACAUUCAUGCCUGUUUUUGACAAUUCAUUUUAAGUAAAACUGUAUAAAUAGUUGGUAGAAGUAGUCGAUAUUGCUAACUGACUUGCUAACUAAACUGUAUUUAGUUGUAACAUAUUGUACUGUAUAUGGGUGAGUUGUUUACAGUACACUCUUUGUUCCCAAUAUCUCUAGUCUUGAGUUAUAUUAGAUUUAUUUGUUACAAAAAUUAAGUAAACAAAUUUUAAAUAUUUUGUUGAGGCUUCUAGAUCUUGUAAAUACUGUAUGUGUGACAAGCUAAAUUUGUUUUUGUGCACAUGGUUUACAUAAAUCUGAAAUGCAAGCUUUGAGAAUCUCAGUCAAAGCGUGUGUUAAUUCUGACAUUCAAUGUACACACGUCUAGAUUAAAGGAAAUAAAAGAAAAAGCAUAAAGUCA